UUUAGGUGCGUCCUAGACACAUCAUCACUCAUCUGUAUGAAAUGUGAAUUUUGUAUUUUAUAUACGAAGCCAGUCAGGUUUUGUCCUAAAUUAGACAAGACAUGUAUGCAAAAUGCCCUUAAACUACCGGACUUUGAUAAAUACUUGUACAUUAAUCUGUGCAAAGGCGAUCAAAAACAUUAUAAAUUUAUUGCUGAAAACAUCUUAUAAAGACUAUAAAGGAUGUAGUGCUUAAUUUGUUUUUCACCAUUUCUGUGUUCAUGAUUUUAGGGGGCGGGGCUGAAAUCACGUCUCGAUGACGCAGUGGAGCCACUGAACAUGGCUCCUCCCCCAACACUGUAAUAACUAGCAUUAGCUCAAUAGCAAGUUACUGACAUUACCUAGUGACUACAGCCUACAGUUUUCUAGCUAACCAUGCCUGCUUCACGCAAAUGCGUAUUUCCCGGUUGCGAUAGUUUACAAAACAGCUCGGCCUCCUUGUUUAAAUUUCCUAAAAACGUCGAUAUCAAGAAUAAGUGGAUUAAUUUCGUGAAGAGCCACCUUGGUGGAGAGCUGAGGAUGACCACAAACACCCGCCUCUGCAGUGAACAUUUUACACCGGAUAGUUUUACAAACUUUCACCGGCGACAACUGGGAUUCACUGAUAACCCGCUAUUGCUGGUCAGUGGGGCCGAACCCACGAUCUUCCGCCCCGUCCUUCAUCCUCAAGUCCCGCCGACACCUGGUGCCAUCGUCGGCAGUACGUGCUCACCAAAAAGUGAAACUGGGAGUGAUACGUCACUGAUCAGCCAGGACUCCUUUUCAGAAGAUUCGGAGGAGGAAAUGGAUCAUUGUUAUGCAUUAACCGCAGAGACGCUACAGACUCCGCCGAGGAAGCGAAAGAGGUCAGACGGCAGGAAGAGAGAGAGAGACAGACUGAGACAGAAAAACAGAGUAAACAUCGGCGUCGCUUAUUCCAGAUGGAAAGCGCUGAAGGUGGAGAAAGGCAUGAAGAACGACGCGGAGGUUGCUUGUUAUCUGCUGGACAGAGCGUGUGGUGAGCAUCUCUUGCAAGACAAGUCCAGUGUCUUUCCCAGAAAGAGAGGAAGACCCCGGAAAUCAACUUUUGCGUCUGCACCACAAACUGAGGAGACUCAGAGGGAUUCACCUCAGCCCAAUUGGGAUGCACAGUCAGACACCAAAUCCCAGCCUAGUCCAGAUCCCCAGUCCACAAAUGUUGAGGUCCUUGGGAUCUGCUAUGAUCUCCCUCCUCUAUGGCCAUAUCAACCAGAUAAGCAAGCACAGUCUGAACAACUAAUAGAUGAAGAAUCGAAGCCAGAUGUCAGGAUGGGUUACACUGAAGAACAAAACUGUAAGAUGGAGUACAGUUCAUGUUCAAGCACAAUUACAGAUGAAGACAGCACAGUGCUCUGGGAAGAAAACCAGGAUGAACUCGCACAGACUGCGCUGCGAUUGGAGGAACGUUUAAACGCCAUGAGAUCUUUGUCUGAUACUGCAUCUGAUCCAGUUUCAAUGUCAAGUGGAAUAGUAGAUCAAAAGGAAAGAAAAUGGGCGGUCAACAAAUCCAGUUUGACGGGACUGUUCAGAACCUGCCAUCAGUGUGGAGAACCGGUUCUGGAAUUUAAAACAUUGACAUCCGGAAGUCUGAUCCGGAUUCAGUGGGAAUGCUCAAAUGGACAUCUGAUGUGGCUCUUCCCCAAUCACAAUCCAACAUAACACACACUAAAACCAGAUGAGGAUGAAAUGUGUCUAGAUUUAUUAAAAUGUAAAUAAAGAAAUAAAGUUUCUACUUUGGAAUUACAAAACUGGAGAGUUUGAGUCGCUCUGGACAAAACAGCAUUUGAAAUGAAUCACUCACCCAGUUUGCAGGCCAAUCCGAAAUCGAUGAUCUUGAUGAGGGUCCCAGCGCCGUUCACACAGACGAUGUUCUCCGGCUUCAGGUCGAGGUGAAUGAUGUGUUUGCUAUGGAUAUACUGGAUUCCUUCCAGGAUCUGACGCAUGUAGUUCACACUGUUGGGUUCAGUGUGAUCGAAAUUCUCAUCUACAAUCCGCUCAAACAACUCACCACCUGCAAUACUUUAAAUGAGGCAAAAAUGCAUCUUGGUUACAUGCAUGCAAAUGCAUCUUCUGUUCACCAAGCCUGCAUUUAUUUGAUUCAAAAUACA